AUGACCAGUAAAACUUCGUUGAGCUCAACAGAGGAAUGUUCCAAUAGUGCUAAUAUUUCUCAACUCAAAAUACUUUCAUUAAAUUUUUUACAAAACAUCUUUGAAAUAUCUAAUGAAGAGGAAGUUCCAAAACUUAGUCCAUGCCAAAAAUGUGGGAAAGAAAUUUUAGCAUUUCCACUAUGGACAUUUGUCAUAUUAUCUUGUGAACACAUAUUCCAUAGAACAUGUAUCAAGCAACAUAUCGUUCGUAUAGAUACGCAGGUUCCUAUACACCCUAGCUGUCCUAUCUGCUCUACAAUUAUCGAAGUUAUUAGAGAAGAAGGCACUCUUGAUUCUGACAAGUAUCAGAUGGUACCCAAGAUUUGUUUCCUUAUUGAUUUCAAGAAAAAAAAAUCUCAGCAAAGCACUGAUACUGUAAAGGAUGAUCCGGAAUUUGAGUAUAUGAGGGAGUUAGGCAUUGUGGAUGAUACAUCUUCUGUUACACAAGAGCAAGAUACAAACCCUAUGUGUCUUGAAUUGGAAACUCGUGGCAAAGCCACUGGCACUAGCUCCGCUAUUAGCAAUAAAAAAGCUACGACUACUAUGGUACAGAUCAAUCCAUCCGAUCAAGAUAAUGCAAACGAGAUCACAGAUUCUACUACAUCACCACUCAAAUGCAAUAGUGUUUCUGAACCCACUUUAGCAGUUAAUGCAAAAGAAGAAUUUAGAACACAUAAAGUAUCUCGUAUUAACUUGACAUCAGUUAAAUCUGAUAAAAAAGAGAAGGAACCUACCGUUAGAUGGGAAUGA